UGAGCAUACCGUAGGUGGAUCGUAGGAUAAAAAUUACACCCUGAGUGACCGGUCGUAACAUACCCACAAUGCCCCCCUAACCUGUGCCCACUUGGGGACUUGGGCGGUCCCCGCCACCACUUUGUUGGGCGCAGUCGACAUUGCACGACGGUCAAGAUGAUGAUCAGCCCAAUUUUGGUCGUCCAGGCGACUCUGGUUUUGGCAUCUGCGGUCGAGGGCUACAACCUCUUUUCUAAUCCGUCCGUCAUCUAUCCACUGACGUAUUAUUCAGCCGAAAGCGGUGUCAGGCAAAUCUUCCCCAGAAAUGAAGAUGCCAUCCUACCCUGCCCAGGAGAAGCCUUCUUUGUCCACCCCAUGAACUGCUCGAGAUUCUAUAGGUGCGUCGACUACACCGGCAAUGGAGCAUUGUUCAGCCGAUACUUCUUCGAGUGUCCCCCGGGCCACGUAUUCUUCACGGCAGUGCAAACUUGCCUCCCAGGAUUUUGUCCCAGUUCUCCCCAGCCAGUUGUUCCGCCGGCCACCCCUGCUCCUACAACGCCAUCAGUCAGCCCGACAGGAACGGGAAGUUCCGCGUUUCCUGUAGAACCAGUGACAGGAUCUCCGUUCCCCAUAACAUCGAAACCAGUUCUGGUCACGACGACCAGUGCGCCCGAAACAUCAGCUCCUGUCUUCCCUAUUACGUCCGUUACACCAGCAACCGUUUUCCCUAUUACUUCUGGUCCACAAGCUCCCGUUUUUCCUGUCACGCCUUCUACUGCAGCACCCCCAGUCACUACCCUUGGGCCUUCUUCAGUAGUUGUUCCUUCUGAUGAGGGUUGCGUAGACAGGUACGUGCAGCAUCCUGAUUUCUGCAACGUGUACACUCCUUGCGACGACCCCACCGUGCGGUACGUGUGCCCUGGAGGAACGGCUUUCGACCAGGCUAGGCAGAUGUGCCGCAUCAGCGCUUUUGAUGACGGCCUAUGCACUGGGAAGGAGGUCUUUGAGCAUGCAUUCCUGCUGAGGUCAGAGAACAUCGGCUCACAUGUCCGUCUUCCAGACUACAUUCAUGUCCCCACUUCCAGACCAUACCAAGGUACCCUGACUGGUGUCCAAGUAGUUCCUGUUGGUCAUCCUUCUGUAGCGAAACCAAGCUUCCAAACUGCCAGCCCGCUCCAGCUUUACCUUUGGCCUACAUCCAAACCUCAAGGGACAGCCUCCCAGUUUUCGUUGCCAAACUUUGGAAUUGAGCAGAACGUGCACCGGCCGCUAUUCAGUCGACCUGCUCAGGUUUACCGUAGACCAGAUGAGGAUGAUUCCUCUUCUGUAGAGACUUACAGUAGCAACUUCAAUGUCUUAAGGCCUGUAGGCGUCGAGGCAGCUCCUCCUGCUUCCACCAAGCUGAGGCCCUUAUCCCAAGCUCGUCGUCCUUCUGGGCACCUUCACUUCCCUUACGUGCCCGCUCAUCUCUUCGGCUUCCAGAGGGAAGUCGUCUAAAGCAGAAGUUUAUUUUGAUUUUUGUGUCCCGAUUCAGCACUAGCAAAUAUUAGAAUGUGGGCUCACCCUUGUCCUGAUGUUCAGAACGAAAUUGACGACUUUCAGAAGAUUUUUUUUAUUAUUUUUUUCAUUUGAGAGGUACUGUACACAACCAGUACCCGAACUUGGGCAUUUUAAUACAUAAUUCAUACUAGAGCAACUUAAUAGUUGCGCAAGUUGUGACUGAUCUAAGAAUAAGAAUUUGUAAUCAGUUGCCAAGAGAUUAGUGUCAUAUAUUAACUCAAGUUUGACGCUAGUUGCUUGAAUGACAUCAUGCGGAGAAUAGAUCCUACAAAAACUCUUCUGCAACUUGCGAUUUACCGAGUCACUGCUCAAGACGACCUACGUUAGCCCAGCAAUGAACAUUUCAUUAUUAUAUCAAGGUAAUGGGAUAUUUAUGAACCAGUAGAUAGCAAAAGUAAUUCAUUGCUAUUCCUAUAUAGUAUCUUGGUUGGUGGUCAUAGUUUCCCAGUAUUAGAUUUUGUAUUUAAAUGUUCACUAUACGUAUUUACAUUUUAUUUAUUUUUACCUAUCUUUAACCAAAAGUUGUAGUGACGUAGGUGUUUCUGGAUGUUUAAAGUAUCAUUUUUAUAUUUCAAACGGCACGUAAUUUUCACUGUAUUAUCGUAAUGUUUAGUCGCCUUACAUCAUAAUUUUUGAAGCCCACAGCGACCCAGUGGCAGUAUUAGGCGAGUGAAGCCGAACCAGGCAAUUGCUUUAAGAGUUUUCUCUCAUCAGUCUUUUUUUUAAAGGUGGACGGAUCAUCCACCAACAUCUUUCUCAUCAUCUUAAAGAAAUUGCCUCUCUCUCUCUCUCUCUCUCUCUCUCUCUCUCUCUCUCUCUCUCUCUCUCUCUCUCUCUCUCUCUCUCUCUCUCUCUCUCUCUCUCUUCCCGCAAUGGCGUAUUUUGCUUUUUUAUUGCCAUUAACUUAAUGGGCAUCGUAGUUCUUUUUGAGACAAUGAUAAUGGCGGUUCUUGGUAGCCUCAUGUUAAAAGAAUGUUCGAGAAUAUACUUCAUCGUUGUGUGGGGUGUUUUGUUGUAAUGCAGAGUAAUCAAUUUCUUAGACUAAUGUUUUUGUUUUCUUCGUAAAAUAGAAGAAGGUUUUUAUCAUCUUACUUUUUAGAGUAGUUAACUUCUCUUUUUGUUUUGCUUCUUAUGUUGAUUUUGUUGAAAUAGAACAGUAUCCCAGUCUUAA